AUGCCCACGCUGCAAUUCCCCGACGGCUUUGUCUGGGGCGCCGCCACCGCCGCGUACCAGAUCGAAGGCGCCGCCCACGAAGGCGGCCGCGGCCUCAGCAUCUGGGACGCCUUCUCCAAGACGCCCGGCAAAACCCUCAACGGCGACACCGGCGACAAGGCUGUCGACCACUACCACCUCUACAAGGAAGACGUCCAGCUCAUGGCCAACAUGGGCCUCCAGCACUACCGCCUCUCCAUCUCGUGGCCGCGCAUCCUUCCGACGGGCCGCAUGGACCACAUCAACGAGGAAGGCAUUGCGUUCUACAACAACCUCAUCGAUGAGCUGCUGGCGCAUGGCAUCACGCCGAUCGUGACGCUGUACCACUGGGACCUCCCGCUUGCGCUUCAGACCGAGUUGGAUGGCUAUCUUGGUGGAAAGCCAGUGAUUGAUGCGUUCGCUGCGUACGCGCGCCUCUGUUUUGAGCGAUUUGGCGACCGCGUCAAGCAGUGGAUCACGCUCAACGAGCCGUGGGUGGCCUCUGUCUUGGGCUUUGGUAUCGGCGUCAUGGCGCCGGGUCGCAAGCACAACGGCAAGACCGAACCGUACAUUGCCGGCCACAACAUGCUGCUUUGGCACGCACACGCCGUCAACGUCUACCGUACCGAGUUCCAAGAGACGCAAGGCGGCACGAUCGGCAUGACGCUCAACUGCGACUGGCGCGCGCCCAAGCCGUCGGACGACCCAGUGCAGUGGGCCCAGAACGUCGAGGCUGCCGAGCGCGCCGUCGUCUUCGACCUUGGCUGGUUCGCAGACCCAAUCUACUUUGGCGACUACCCCGAGGAGAUGAAGACGCGGCAGCAACGAUUCUUUGGGAUCAACCACUACGGCACCAACUACGUCGAGCCCUCGGACGCGUACCUCGCCAAUGCCCCAUGCGGUCGUGACGGCAUCAUUUUCGAUGACGCCGGUGUCACGAUGUCGGCGGACGAUGCGUGGCCGCGCACCGACUUGGGCUGGAACGCCGUGCCGUGGGGUUUUCGCCAUCUUCUGAUGUGGAUCCAAGCCCGGUAUGCGCCGGCGGGCGGCAUCAUCGUCACCGAGAACGGCUGCGCGGUCGCCGACGACGACCAAGUCGCAGCGGCCAACGAUGACUUCCGCGUCAGCUACUACCGUGGCUACAUUGCCGAGAUGCACAAGGCCAUCACCGAGUUCAACGUCGACGUCCGGGGCUACUAUGCGUGGUCGUUCAUCGACAACUACGAGUGGGCGUGCGGCUACAGCAAGCGGUUCGGUCUCCACUGGGUCAACUACGAGACGAUGGAGCGCAUGCCAAAAGCAUCGGCGCACGUGUAUGGCGCCAUCAUCCGCGCCAACGCGCUUGUCGUCGAAGAGGACGACAACGAGAAAGCUGUCGACGCGACGCCUGCGGCAGCAGCGCAUUAGUGUGCCUCGAUCGCGUUUAUUGUUAAAUCAAACAUGACUAGUAAGCGAACG